AUGUUGCGGCAAGGACACCUCAAAGAGCUGUUGAGCGACAAGGGUAGGAAUAACUUUUCUAGAGGACGUGAACACCAAGGUCCGCCAAAGCCGUCAUCACCAGCUCUUACUAUCAACACGAUCAUUGGCGGUAGCGAUGACGCCUCCGUCAACGACAUUAAAUUCACCACCACUCACAAGCUCAAACGAUCUAUCACCUGCGAACGGUAUGACAGAGUUGAAGAAAGUAUCAUUUUCGACGAGUCAGAUAUUGACGGUUUGACUUUCCCUCAUAAUGAUUCUCUCAUCAUUACUUUGCACAUUUUAGAUACUAAUGUCAAACGUAUCAUGUUGGAUGAUGGAAGUGGAGCGUGCAUUAUCCAUCCCCGAGUUCUCACCCAAAUGAGACUCGAGGACAAGAUAGUGUCGCGCUGCAUCAUGCUAACUGGUUUUAAUAAUGUAGUUGAACGGAUGUCAGGAGAAAUUACGCUUCCCAUCUUGGCCGACGGCGUAACGCUGGAGACAACAUUCCACAUCAUGGACCAGGCCACUACGUACAACGCCAAA